AUGACAUAUAGUGUACUGCGGUUACAACGAAGGCGAACGUGUUCAUCAGUCGGUAGUCAUCGAUCAGCGAGCAAUUUGGUGGCUAUCGAUCGAGCAGUCGCGUUCAGUUUUUAUUAUCCCCCACUUCCACCAUGCACAGUGUCAUCGCAGACCACUCAGUUGAACAUUAUCGGUCAAUCAAAAGGAUUCGAUUUUAGCAAAACCACAGGUGUAGCACCCUUCCAGCCCUCAUCAACAUAUGUUAUGUCGCAACAAACCAUGCCAACGUAUACGGAUGCGGCAGUGUAUGAAGAGAACGCAUAUCCAUCAGCCACAAUGAACAACUAUGGAGCGUUUGGUCAUCAAACGCCAGCACAAUUCACGUCAUACAUGGACCCAGUUGGAGAUGAUGCGGCUGAGCUGAACGCUUUAGCGUUCGAAUCGAUGUUCGAUACAGGUUUGGCCCUUACCGCAGAACCGCCGUUUGCUUUACCGAGGGAGUUGUGUGCCAAAAUGAUGUACAGCAAGAAUGCUGCUCUUCUGCAAGAGGUGCAAGUCGGUUUGGAACAGUUGAUUAAGCAACCCGAAGAAUUUGACGCUUGGUCAGGAGCGAUACGAACUCGGCUCGUCGAGAAGCUGAUAACACCAGAAGCACUCAGUCUUACAGCCGAAAUGAUCAUUCAGAUGGCUGCACUCAAGUCUGGUGUACAAUAUGGCUUUGCUCGUCUUUGUGUGUAUCUUUGCACGGAAGUGCAAAACUUUCGACAAAAUAAUCUUCUACCGAUGUUGCAUAGAUAUCAUGAGCAGAAUCGUAAGCACAUGCCAACUGAACAACAACAGAAUCUAUUGUUAUUCUUUGCUGAACUUUAUGAGAAGCUGGAAUUGGCUGGUGGUGCACGAAUCGCAGUAAUGGGAGAUGCAAUAUUCGAGCAGAUUGAAAGUAUGUUAGAUAUGCAAGCGAAAAUCCAAGAUUCGUCCGUAAGAACGGUUAUACAAGUGCUUAAAUUGGAUGGUCGACAUUUGGAAUGUGGUGAAAAAGGUGUGGCACGAGUAGACGAAGUAUUCACUAAACUUAACGCCUUUGCCAAAGGGCAUCCAGCAUUGAGCGACUCAGUCAAACAGCAAAUUGUGAAUUUAUCAGCGUUUCGCGAGAGCAACUGGGGCUUGAAAAAUCAAGAAACUUAUAAGUCUCAUCUACACGUAGAUAGCAGUGCAAUAAUAACACCAUCAAGUUCGUCUGGUGAUUUGAUAAUCGGUCCAGAUGGACAGCCGCUAAGUGAAGAGGAACGUGCAUUCGUGGAGGAUAACAUCCAAAGAGUGAACAGUGCCGAUAUGAAUAACGAGGAGAAUGAUUUUUCGGACGAUUGCGAGGAAUUCCUUAUGAAUGGCAAGCUAUCAUUGAUCUAUUCAUAUACAUUCAUGUUUUCAACAAUGUUGCCGUUUGAUUUGCAUUUAUGGGAAACGUUGAAUUUACAAGAAGUGAUCGAGAUGGAUGAAGAAGAGAAAGCUAAAGCAGAGACGCCAAAUGAUAUCACUUCAUUGGCGGAUCAAGGAAAUGAGAAAUCAAAUAAAUCGAAUGAAUAA